ACACCACAAAGAGCCUUCUACCUCCUCGUGGUACCGUAAUUUGCUCAACUCAGCCUUUUCUCAUCUCUCCACCAAAGUCCACUUCCACUCAGUAUCACAUCACUCAGUAGCCGCACUCCUAUCCAUACCAUAUCCUUUAGACCCCCUUAGUGACAAAAAUGGUUCUCCACAAUCCUAACAAUUGGCACUGGGUCAACAAGAACGCGAUCGAAUGGGCUCAGGAGUAUUUCUCCGAAAAGCUCACCGGACUUUCUGCGAACAAAGGAGAAGUAUCUGCCAAGAUUGACAAAGUUCUGAGCGUUGAGGGUGAUUGUGAUGUUUCCCAGAGGAAAGGGAAGGUCAUUACCUUAUUUGAUGUCAAGGUCCGCCUAGAAUUCUCCGGAGUCACGGCCGAAGGUGAAAAGGUUACAGGGAGUAUUACGAUUCCGGAAGUUGCCCAUGAUACCGAAGAGGGUGAAUAUGUGUUUGAAAUCAAUGUCUACUCGGACAACAAGGAGAAGCAAGCUGUCCGUGAUCUAGUGCGCAACGAUAUCGUCCCUCAACUCCGCCAGGCUCUAGCUGGCUUUUCCGGUGAUCUUAUCGCUGAACAUGGUAAAGAUAUCCAACAUGCUCCGGGCUCUGGACCUGUUUCUGGCACUUCUACGCCAAAACCUGCCGCGACCUCAUCGACAUCUCAUGCUGCUUCCUCGAAAACACAACCAAGCCAGACGGAGACAAGUCCAAUAGUCAACACAGUGACCUUGAAGGAUGAUAUCGAAUUCCAAACUUCGGCUGACCAACUCUACCAAACUUUUGUUGACCCUCAGAGAGUAGCCGCAUUUACUCGGGCACCACCGUCGGAAUUUGAGCCAAGGGAGGGGGGUAAAUUUAGUCUGUUCGGUAGGAACGUGGAGGGCCAAUUCAAACAACUGGAUAAAGAUAAGAAAAUCGUCCAAACAUGGAGGCUGGCCGACUGGCCAAAAGGUCACUACUCAACCCUCACCCUUGUGUUCGACCAAAGCACAAAUUCCACCGUGUUAAGGCUCAGCUGGGAUGGUGUUCCCGUCGGCCAGGAAGAUGUCACCAAGAGAAACUUUGGAGACUAUUAUGUCAGGAGCAUCAAGACAACAUUUGGUUUCGGUGCCGUUCUGUAAAAAGAUGAUGUCUCUAGAUUUGAGCUAAGCGAUGAAAGUGCGUAUACCUCCGUUGACAAGAUGGAUCCGGUUAAGUGGUUUGGAAAGGGAGGGAAUGGGGGGGGCUUGGUUAUGGAGGCGGAAAAGCUGGGGAAGUGCUGGAAAUGAUAACGCGGAAUGUUAUGAACUUCAAUGCAAUAAACCUUCUUUCCAAUAAAAGGUUUUUU